AAUAUAUCUUCAGCCAUAGGAGAGGCACCCAUUCCUCUGUACACCACAUACGGCGCCAGCAAAGCGUUUCACACAUUCCUGUCGGAAGCGCUUUCGGUUGAAUACGAGUCGAAAGGCAUUUACAUCCAAACGGUGUCCCCAAACCAAGUGAGCACAAAGAUCACCACUAAUGUCACGCUUCCCAUCAUUGCCGUCACACCCGAAGACUUUGUGUCGGCCGCCAUCCGUACGGUCGGUAUCGAGCACUACACUAACGGCCACUGGAAACACAAACUGUUUGCUUAUUUCACUCAUUGGGGACUCACUAUUCUUGGCCAACGGCUCUACAUGAAGGUUGCGAUGAAAGCAUCGCUUGAUAUGAGACAACAAUAUUAUACGUUAAACAAUUUAAAUGAUGGCUAA